UGGUUGCAGAACGCUAAGCGCUUGACGGGGAUUGUUGCAGCAGCUGACGCGCGACCAGCACACGACCACAGCGAACGAGAGCGGGAGAGACAGAACGCGAGAGAAUCAUGGCAGAGCAGCAAGCCUGUAGAGACGGCGCAGCGCAGAAAACGAACGCGCCAAAGAGCAUCAAGCGCAAGACGGCCGGCGCCGAGAACAGCGGCCAGGACAUGCUGCGCUGCAAGCGGCGCAUCAGCUUCCAGAACCUCGGCUACUCGCUGCCGCAAGCCAAUCCGGUAUCGGUGCACCGGCGCAACGAGCGCGAGCGCAAUCGCGUCAAGCUCGUUAACAUGGGCUUCACGACGCUGCGCGAGCACGUGCCCAACGGCGCCAAGAACAAGAAGAUGAGCAAGGUAGACACGCUCAAGUCGGCGAUCGCCUACAUCGGCGAGCUGCAGCGGCUGCUCGAAGACUACCACGGCUACGACCCAGCGCUGACGGCGCAGGCGGUCGCCGCCUUCGCGUCGGCGCAGCGACACGUCAUGGAGAACUUGAACGCGGCGGCGGCGGGGGCGUACAGCCCCGACUCGUCGUCGUAUCUGCCCGCGUCGACGCCCUCGCCGACGGACUACUCGGUGUCGUCGAUGUCGCCGGCGACGUACGCCGACGCGUCGCCGUCGGCUUACACCAGCGGAUCGCCGACGGCCGGCUACACGACGUCGGCAGCGCCAACGUACCAGUCGACGUCGCCGCACGGGUACCACUAUAAUCAGUACCAGCAGCACGACGGCGUUUGCUACGGCCAGCCGACCGACAUCGGACAUCACCAUGGCGGCGGCGCAGGUAGCGGAGGAGGAGGAGGCACGCUGAGUACGGGCUCACCUUCCCCGAGCUACCUCUCCGAUAACUCUACGGGAGACGCACCGGUCAGCCCGAAGGACGUGCUAGAGUUAGCAUCGUGGUACGGCAGCAUCUCCUAAGCACGGCCAGGAUUUAGAAAUGUUGAAAAGAUCUAUAUGUGAAAGAAACCGGUCAGAAAAUUGCCUUUCAACAGAAAACACCUUGUGCGGUAGCGUGUACGCGGAUUUGAUAAAAAAUCCCAGGUAAUCUGAUAUUUUCCACAAAAACACACUCAAACAGGUAAAUAUUUGAAAUACCUCGCGGCUACAACUCAAUCAGCAUAAAUCCCACCGCACCCGAACCCCCGAGCUCUAAGAUCCCAGCGAGGAAUCGAGGCAUUUCAGACUGUUUCCUCUAUCUCAAUGGCACACUUUUGUGUAAUUUACGGUUCUCCAUUUGGGAAGCUAUUUCGACCCACAAAAGUGCGCGCUGCCUUAGAAUUAUUACUUUGGAAACUGGUUCUAUACACACCGAGGUCCCGACCAGACGAUAUUUUAUUUCGGGUACUUCAAAUCGCUUUUUCUGACAAUAGUGAAUAGAAAGCGUCGGCUAGACAAGGUGGUUAUUUAGUCGAGAAUUGCCCUUAUAUAUCUUUUUUCCUAGGAUAU